CAGCUCGUUUUAGUUUACUCGCUGAUCUCAAACACGCCAGAGCCUUACAGACCAGUACUCGUAGUGGGCUUCUAGGCUGCGGGCGUUUGGAACAAAAGAAAUAAUAAGAAUACAAGCGACCGAAAUGAAAAAGCACAUUCAAUUGUGAAAAAAGUGUAUGGCAAAAAAAUUUGCAUAAAAAGAAUUUCUAAUUGAAUUAUAUGUGGAGUUACGGGCUGUAACGAAAAAAAAGUGAAGUUCAAUCAAAGUUUCGCAUUUUUAGUGCGCAUAAAUUUUUACUUGCUAUAUCUAUUAGUAUAUAGUAUGCAUGUAUGCAUUCUGCUUAAAAAUCUGUGUAUGACUAAAUCAAGCUCAAUCUUUUUGGGCGACGUUUUGCGCAUUUGAAAAAGGUUUGCGGUUUUUACAACUUCAGGAACUACAAGAAAAUGUUUUAAAAAAUUGUAUAACAGUUUUGAAACUUAAAAACAGCAACGUUGCAGCUUUGGAAUAUCUCGAAAGUGCAAACUCUUGGUGUGUCGUGCAAUAGUCUCGCCGAAAACUAAAGCGAAAAUUGCAAUUUGUGAAAAAAAUUAAAAAUAAAAAUCAACAAAAGGGAAAAUUGCACGCAAUGCGCUGCACUUGAGCUUCCUCCCACACAGUCAUUGGCGCCUACUCAAAUCAAAGCGUUGUGCAUCAUACACACAAAACAAUACCAAACCCUACCGUUUGCUGGCGCAUACAUAUCAUGCAAAAGUUUUAGUGAAGAAAGCAAAAAAAAAAACAAAUUUUUGAAAAAAAUGUGCAAUAAGCAGCAACAAUUGCGCUAUUAAUAUCGGUAGUCGCAGCCAACCAGGCAGCAAGUUUUUAGUUGCAAACAAUCACAGCAAGGAUUUUUCGCGAAAGCCAGAGCGCGCAGUACUGCAAAAGGAUUAACGGAAAAGAUUUGCGCAAAUUGGAAUUGAGUCGAUCGCAGCACAAAAUUUGCAAUAUUCGACGCCUGUGAAUAUGCAUUAAAACUCUUUAAAUAGAUCAAAACAUAACAAAAUAACCGUUUUUAUAACGGUUAUAGCACUUGUUCGAAAAGUAUUGCCCUAAGUUCAAACGCAACGCAGCGAAAACAAAAUGUCCUCCUCCAAUACAGAUGUGCCCCGUAUUAUGGUCUUUCGACCAACUUGGGAAGAGUUCAAAAAUUUUCCCAAAUACGUGGCCUUCAUGGAAUCUCAGGGCGCACACAAAGCUGGUUUGGCGAAAGUGGUGCCACCACCAGAAUGGGUACCACGUCGAAGUGGUUAUGAGGAUUUGGAUGCGCUCAAAAUUACUAUACCGGCGCCGAUUUGUCAGGUUGUCACCGGCAAACAGGGUCUCUACCAACAAAUCAAUAUACAAAAGAAGCCGCUCACAGUGAAGCAAUUCAGUGAGCUAGCAUCCACGGAGCGCUAUCAAACGCCCAAACAUUUUGAUUAUGAAGAUCUCGAGCGUAAAUAUUGGAAAAAUAUUACGUAUGUGGCGCCGAUCUAUGGUGCGGAUGUUAGUGGUAGCAUCACAGAUACGGAUCAGGAUAGCUGGAAUAUAAAUCGCCUUGGCACAAUUCUCGACUUUGUCAACGAAGAUUAUGGCAUACAAAUUGAUGGUGUGAAUACAGCGUAUUUAUAUUUUGGCAUGUGGAAGACCACAUUCGCCUGGCAUACUGAAGAUAUGGAUCUCUAUUCAAUAAACUAUUUGCACUUUGGCGCACCGAAAACGUGGUAUGUCGUGCCACCCGAACACGGUCGCAAAUUGGAGAAGGUCGCGAAUCAAUACUUUCCAGCGAGCUAUCAAAAUUGCAAUGCUUAUUUACGGCAUAAAAUGACAUUGAUAAGCCCGCAAGUGUUGAAGCAGCACGAUGUGCCAGUGAGUAAAAUAACACAAGAGGCUGGUGAGAUAAUGAUCACAUUUCCUUUCGGCUAUCAUGCGGGCUUCAAUCAUGGUUUCAAUUGUGCCGAAUCAACGAAUUUUGCCAUGGAACGAUGGAUAGAAUAUGGAAAACGUGCCGUUCAAUGUACCUGCAGCAACGACAUGGUUAAGAUCUCCAUGGAUACAUUUGUGAAACGCUUCCAGCCCGAACGCUAUCAGGCGUGGUUGGAGGGCAACGAUGUUGGCAGACAUCCCGAAGAUCCGCCUAGUGUUAUAACCGCCGCACCAUUGCCCUCACAUGUAGAUGUUAUUUGCAAUAAGAAUUAUGGGGCUGACAAUUUACCUAUGCACGUAUUACAAAGAAUGAAGAAACAAUGCAAUCCGACAAAGAAGAAGUCCUUCAAGGAGCGUAAUCCAGAUUUGAAUUUAGAAGAGAUCCAACAGAAUCCUAAUAUACCCGAUGAAGUUAAGGCUGUGCUAAAAGAGAGUGUACUAACACUGGAAGCUGAGGACGAGGAGCCAGCCAUAAUCGGCGAUGGCGAAGCUGAGGUGUUGAGUCAAUUAAGCCCAGCCAAUUUGAAAACGAAAAAGGAAUUGUUAGACUACAUCGAUGAUGGUACAGACGAAGACGAGGAGGAGGAGUUCCGUAAACGUCGUCAUAAGCGCAAAUAUCAUUCCGACUAUGAUGACGAUUGGUUUGCCAGCAAGAGGCGUGCAAAUUCGCGCAAUAGCAGCAAAGGUCGCAGUCCGCGCAAUAGCAAUAAGGAUGAUCGGUCCAUAUCCCCGGCGUCAUCAUCAUCGUCAUCGUCGCGCGCACGCCGUCAACCAUGCACGACGCCCGGCAAAACGCCGCGUAAGACGCCAAAUCGUAGAAAGAAAGACAAUGGUGCUGCAUCCGCCGCAACAACACCUAAAGCCGGCACUGCAACAACGCCUAAAGCCACCGUAGCAGCGGCUUCUGCAGUAGCAGCAGCACCAGAAGCAGUAGCGAACCUGCUAAAGACCGCUGCUGCAGUUUCACAAGCACUGCGCAGUGGGCGAAGUAAUGGUAUUAAUGGCGUCGGCGAUGGCAAUAGCAACGGCGAUGGCGAUGGUGAUGGCGGCAGCGUGGGCGCGCCAUCUGUGGCCGUACCCGUGGCAGCCGUAGUAGCUGCUGCUGAUGCGGCGGGAGGUAACAGCAACGCAACAGCAACAGCAAUUGAUUACACUAAAAAAUACAAGUCAAUACCAGCAUCCGUCAUACAAGUGGUGCCCCAGCUAAGCAAUCAGUUGUAUAUCGGCAACACAAUAACCACCCACAGUUAUAACAACAACGAUCUACGCUCGUUGCAACCGCCAGUGUUGCAUUUUUUGCAACAAACACGUAAAUUCGAGGGUAAAAUACCAAAAAUCAGUCAGCAGCAAGUAAAUUUGCAACACUCAGACCUGAUCAUAAUGCCGCCAACAACGAACGCUGCCGCUGGCGCCGCCUCCCCAGCUGUUGCUAACACAACCAUAAACGCUACAACAACAGCGACAACAUCUAGUCAACAACAACAGCAACAGCUGGAUCACGAACAGCAGCAGCAUCAGCAUCAGCAGCGACCGCAACAGCAGCAGCAAACAAUCGUUUAUACGACAAUGUUACCUGCGGCGAGUACCCUAAAUGGCAUUGUUGCUGGGCAACAGCAACCACAACAGCAAACACAAUACAUUACUAUACCCGCUUCGUCGGUAGCAUCAGGUGGCAACACUACAGACGGCGCUGUCUAUCAGCUGCAAAGCGAAAUUGUUUGUGAUGCGGCAACAUAUCAACAGCAUCAACAGCAUCAGCAACAGCAGCAACAACAACAGCGACAGCAACAGCAACAACAGCAGCAGCAUGAGCAACAGCAGCAACAACAACAACAACAACAACCGCAGCAAUUGACUGCUCAAAGCAUCAAUGGCAAUACAAUUGCUGUCACUUCGUCAGCUGCAGCGCAAGACAAUGUGGUCACCACUAUUAGUUCGUCCCCAAUACUGCUCACCUCCACCGCCGCCGCCGCUAGCAACAACCAUCAUCACCCACACCUCCUUCAGCAACAACACCAACACCACCAAAAUUCUGCUGCCGCUGCCACAUCCACCUACACCACAACAACCACCACUGCCACACCGCUCACCAGCAUCAAAUCCGAGCCUGAUGACGAGACGACGAAGCACAUUAUCGUCAAUGGCGAUGGCACCACAACAACGCUGCAGACGCAGCCGCAGUCUCAGCCACAGUACCAUUACAUCACCACCACUGGUGAAGAUGGACAAACGCCGACGACGAUCGUCUUCGAGAACUACAAUGGUGAGGUCACCGAAGUCAAUGGUGGUGGUGCCACAACGAUAAUUAAAUUCGAGGGCGACGACCAUGAGUACCAAGAGUUCCAAGUGAUAAAACAUGAGCAGGAGGAGGGCUUAAAUGGCAUAAAUACUGAUCGAUCGUUAUUGGAACAACAACCACAACAACAAAACCAACAACAGCUUGAGCAACAGCACCAGCAACAACCGCAAUUCACCUACAAAACCAUAAUAAAACAAGAAGAGGAUAUGAAUCAAACUAUAACUGAAACGAUUACGGUGCCCGCCGGCGGUGUGCCAGCGAUACCACCACAAAAACAGAAGCGCAAGCGAAAAACGCGUUUGAUUUCGCCGGACGAGCAGGGUGAAUAUUUGGAGAAGAUGUCGGUGCGCGGCUUGGACAUACAGCGCUAUGAGCAUAUCAUUGAUGGUGUCUCAUAUUGUUUGGUUUGUGCCAAGAAUGACGUUUACAAGACAUUCAAGAACAAGUACAGUUUUCAACGUCACGCCUAUCUAUUCCACGAGGGUGAUAACCGUAAAAUUUUUGCAUGCCCCGUUUGCAAUAAGGAGUUCUCACGCCCUGACAAGAUGAAAAUGCAUAAAAAGGAUAAACACGGCGAUGCGCAGGUUCCCGAUGGCACACUCACUCCAGUGGCCACACCAGUCAAGCAAGAACCCGACGGGCCGCCCGGUAGGCGCUCGCGUUCCACAACCACGCGCACACCACGAUCACGCAAACCACGCACCAGCGUCGCCAAUACGCCAGUCGCCAACUGCAGCGGUAGCGAAGAGAACGCAGUUGAGGCGAAACGAAAGCGGCUUGCUCAGAUUGAUAGCGUUUUAGAUGUGGUACAGCAACAGGCUGGCGGAGUGCACGAUUCGCACGCGCAAACUGCAACUGUUAAUAUACAACUGCAGCAGCAGUCAGCCACCACGCAACAGCAAGCGCCACAACAAGUGCAUAUAUCACAGCAGCAGACAAUGCCACCCAUCGAUUUGAGUGGUAUGAUAUUGCCAGGUGGCGCGCAAUUGGCGCUAGCCCAUCCCACUGCCACUUCUGCGCUACUACAACAGCAACGUGGCACGCAUCAACAACAGCAGCAGCAACAGCCACACGCACCACAGCAACAUAUCGCUUUGUCCGCGUCCGCAGCACAGGUGCUACAGCCGUCAGCAACAGCCGCCACUGGUGCUGGCGCUGCCGGCACCACACUCAUCUAUUCCAAUCAAAUUGAUUUACAGCAGGCGCUGCUGCAGCAACAGCUGCAUGGCCAGAGCAUAAUGAUACAAGAUCAGGCUGGCAAUUUGGUGCCACUACAAUCGCUGCAGGCGCUUAAUGCGCUCGAUGGCACGCAAACAAUUUACACCACACAGCCAGCGCGACACGCGCCACCAACACAACAGCUGCUGCAGCCGGCACAGCAGACAUCUGUGGGCGCGUCGGCGAGCGCUUAUCAGACAGCACCACAACAGCACAUACAGUUGCAAGCGCUGCCGACCGCUUCGCCGCAAGAGACUAUCAUUGCAGCAACUUCACCCGCCGGUCAGCAACAGCAGCAGCAGUUGAAAGCAACAACGCAACAACAUACAAGCAAUGUCGCUACGCAGCAACAGCAGCAGCAGCAACAACAACAGCAUCACUAUGAGCUUGAAAAUGUGGCAUACUUGUCAUCGACAGCUGCGACACCGGCGCCGUCAGAACAACAACAGCAGCAGCAGCAGCAACAACAUCAUGUUAUUGGCACUGUACAAAGCUAUCAGAUACUAACGCCCGACGGCUUGCAGAGCUAUCCUACUGCCACAGCGACCACAACUAAGCUGGAACCAGGCGAUUUAGCUGAGCUCUGUCCCUACACUUCGAUGUCAAACACUACACCACAUUACACAUUCACGACGCAUGCGGGUCACCACGGCGCGACUGCGGACAGCCACCAAUUGCAUCAGCAGGUGGCCGGUGCUACAACUAGUCAUACCCAGCAGCAGCAGCAGCACCAGUUGACGGCGGUUGGAGGAGGCGGUGGCCAGCAACAGCAGCAGCAGUCACAACAACAUCAUGUACAGCAGCAGCAUCAUUUCAUGGAGCUGAAGAAUGAUUUGCUCAUUAAGAGUGCGGCGGAUGCAUACGCGUUGGACGCAAGCUCCAUGUAUCACCUGCCUUUCUCGCCUUCGUCGAUGAUAAGUUCGGUGAACGAAGUAAAUGGAUCGUCGCUGCUAGAAACCAAAGAAAUUAGGACUAUCACCGCCGGAGGUGAGGCAGGCGGCACGAUCGUGAGGAAUGGCAACAAUACGGUCAUCACCAGCGCCGCCAAAAAGAAAUCGGCGAUACAGCCGCGCACAGUGCAACUGCUGGUAACGCGUCGUCCCAUCAUCACCACCGCCAGCAAUAGUAAUACACAAAUCUUUGCUGCCACCAAUACCAACGCAGCUGCCACACAAACAGCUACUAUUGUUGCGCCCGGCAUGCUAAAGAUUACAUCAGCGGGGCAAACAAACCAAAACAACAACAACAGUCACAUUUUACAUACCUCUGCCGGUACCGAAACCGUGGUCAUUGAGGAGGAGGAUGACGAGCUAAUAACAGCUGCAGUAGAGGCAAGUGGUGACGAUGACUCGAAUUCAGUCAGCUCAAUUGCUAUGUCGACGACUACCGCGCAAAUUUUACGCAAGUUCCGCAUACCCAAAGGCACCGCGCUCACGGCAAAAAUGAGCGCCGCCGAAGUGGCAGACAACUCGUCAGAGGCGAUGAUCUACAGCGCAUCAACAUCACCGGCGCCAUCACCAUUACAUUCCACUACCCGUUCGCCACCACCGCCAGCGGAUACACCGAGCUCGGUCGAUUUGGUUGAGGAAGUAAUCGAAACAGAUGAGAACUCAACAUGUCAAUCAACCGAUGCGCUAAUGGUGGCAGACACCACCACUACUACAACCGAUACCAUGAACGAUGACUGCAAUGCGGAAGUCGUGGAUGACACUGAUGCCGGCACAACCACCACAGUUUUAGUGCCAGUGAGUAGUAGUGGUGGCGCGUUGACAGCAGCGACCGCAACAGCGCUGCCACAAAUCCAGCUGCAAACAGUGCAACCAAAUGGCACUGUUACCUGCAUUAAUUUGCCACCUAAUACGAUUUUACUCACCGCUCCGGAUGGUUCUACUAUACUUGCUACAGCGACGCCGCAACAGCUGAGCAAACUGACGCAGCAGCAACAACCGCAGCCACAAGCCCAGCAGCAGCAGCAGCAGCAACAAAUUAUUGCGAUACAAGAUUGGAAUGGUAAUGGCGGUGGCGCUAACGGCGAUAGUGCAAGCGGUGUUGGUGGCAAUACCGCCACUGUGUUGCAAGCGGUACAAGCGGCCGCAUCACAUCACCAUCAAGCAACUGCUACAGCGCAAACGUUGCUGCUUACCGCCGAUGGCACUGCAAUACCAUUAAUUCAAUCUGCACCCAACGCUGUCACGAGCGCUGCCAGUGGAACGUCGAACUCAGCGGCGGCAGCAGCGGCGGCCGCAGCGCAAAUUGUCGCUGCUCAGCAGGCCGAGGCGCUGAAGGCUCAAGUGCUGGCGUAGGGUUUGGCCGGUGGCCAAUUAGGGCGAUUUUUGAACAAUGCAACAAUUUUACCGACGACGUACUUUUUCUAAAAGCAAAGCCGCUAGCAAGGUAAUGUUAGAAAGAGUUUAUAAGUAUUUUGUAAUUUUAACUUACAUAGAUAUGUGUGUAAAUAGUUCUAGUUUUAUGUGCGAGUAUGUUAAGUAUACGAAAUUGGUUUGGCAUUGAAGUCCUUUGUGUUGUUUGUCUUCAUUAAAAUUAGCAAUUCACCAAUGUAUGUUUUAAUUGAUUUUCUUAACAU